UAUUCCGUUCCUCUUUUCUCUGCCCCUCCGAUGAAUCCAACUGUUGAUUCCUCCUUUCCUCGGGAAAGUGCAAACCCUAAGAAAUAUUUCCAGACCCAACCAAAAAAAAAAAAAUUUCAAAUCCAGAGGGAAAGGGGGUUAACAGUUUCCAAGAACCCUUCUUUCUCCUGAAUCGAAUUCCCAACUUCCCUAUUCUCCUUCCCUACAAUCCCAAUUUGCAAAACCCCCAAUUUGUUUCGAUGAUUUCGAAUCCGGGUCUGGUGUACUACGCCUGCAUUGCCCAGAAGGAAACGAUUCUCGGCGAGAUUGCGAAGGAGCCCGGAAUCGGAGCCCUAGCUCAGAAAUGCAUUGCGAAAACCCCACCGCACCACUCCCUGUACACCCACACCGUCAGAAAGCGGACCUACGUAUUCUUGGUCGUCGACCCUUUUGUGUUCUUCGGCAUUUUCGAUCAAGAUCUCGAUCAGUCCGAGGCGCUUUCGUUCUUGAAUCGAUUGAGAUGCGAUUUCGAGAAGGUGAAUGGAGUUGGGUCGGUCUUGGAUGGAGGAGAUUUCGAAUCGCAUUGUUUUCAAGCUGAGUUUGAUUCGAUUAUGAGGGAGCUGAUGGCGUCGGAGAUGGAUUCGGCGGCGUCGACGCCGGCGAGCCGGAAUCUGAGCAUGGAUUCGAGUAGUAGUAAAGGGAAGAAAUUGGUGCUGGCGCCGCUGCUGGGGAACCAGGGGUUGAAGAAGAAGAAGAGAUUGUCUGGGGAGGUGAAUGGGGAGCUGUGCAAAGAUGUGGUGAUGGGCACGAUGGAGAAGAAGCUGGAUGUGGGUGGUGAGGAUGGAAGGGAUUUCGCAAUGCCGGCGCUGAAGAGUGGGGGUUUGCAUCCGUGUGAGCGGCAGAAGGCCAAGCAGGUGUGGAGGAGGCAUGUGUGGGUGGUGCUGGUGCUGGACUUGUUCGUGUGUGCCGUCUUGUUUGGGGUUUGGUUGUGGGUUUGCAGGGGGUUUAAGUGCAUCGACAGUUGAAUUGGGGGGUGGUUUGUGUUGCGCUUAGCUUUGAAGAUGAAUGGUUGAGGAGUCUGGCAUUACAAGCAAGAAUUUGGGUUUGAUAAGGGAAGGGAGCUCUGUUUCGGUGUUGUAAUGGUAACUGUCUCUACCCUGGUGAACUAUUGUAUCAAUGAAUUUUAGUCAAUUACUCAGUGUUAUACAGUUAGCUAAAAGCUUUUUUAUGUAAUGCAUAUCAAAUUGUGUAUACAUAUAGAUGUUACCGAUGUGAUGUUGGCAUUGUAUUUUCCACUCCUUGUAAUGUUUUCAGUUGAUGUUGUAAUUGCUGCAAUGUUUCUUGACAUUUGGCUUUAUCAAUAGAAACUGUUUGUUUGCUUUAAUGGAACUUGUUUGGCUGUGUU